CAGCCCGCGCGCGGACGCCGCCUCAGAGCGGGGCCGCGCCGCUCCCGCCCGCCCGCCCGCGCGCGCGCCAUGGCCUCCCCGCAGCGGGGCUUCCUCCUCGGCUCCUUCUGCCUCGCCAGCCGGGCGGCCGCCCGCCGCUCCCUCCUGCUGUGGCAGCGGGCGGCGGGGGCUUCCGCCGCCUUCCCGGGGCUGCCGCUGCUCGGCGGCGCCCGCCGGCACCUCAUCGCCCUCCGCUGCGCGGCUGCGGGGCGGGGGGCGGCGGGGAGCGGGCCGUGCGCCCCGCGGCGGCGGGGCUGCGGGGGGCUGGGGGCGGCGGGCGGCGGGUUCCGGCCGGCGCGGGUGGCCGUGGUGGUGAAGACGACGCGGUACGAGUUCGAGCAGCAGCGGUACCGCUACGCCGGGCUCUCCGAGGAGGACCUCAAGCAGCUGCUUGCCUUGAAGGGAUCUAACUAUGCUGGUCUGCUGGAGCGACAUCGCAUUCAUACAAAAAAUGUGGAGCAUGUUGUAGACAGUUUACGGAACGAGAGGAUAGAAGUUCGUCUUGUUAAACGUCGAGAAUAUAAUGAAGACACAGUUCGGUGGGCAGAUGCUGUUAUAUCAGCAGGAGGUGAUGGUACAAUGUUGCUGGCAGCCAGUAAGGUCUUUGAUAAAUUUAAACCAGUUAUUGGAGUAAAUACUGAUCCUGAAAGAUCAGAAGGUCACUUAUGCUUGCCUGUGAGAUACACACACUCAUUUCCUGAAGCACUACAGAAGCUUUAUCGUGGUGAGUUCAGGUGGCAGUGGCGGCAAAGAAUCCGACUGUAUCUUGAAGGGACUGGUAUUAACCCAACCCCUGUAGAUUUACAUGAACAGCAGCUAAGCCAAGAGCAACACAGCAGGGCUCACAUAAAUGAAAGACUCCCGGAUCAAAGAUCUGACAUUUCUGGUCCACAUCUUCUGCCAGUGAGAGCACUCAAUGAAGUCUUUAUUGGAGAAUCUCUUUCAUCCAGGGAGAACUUUAAGUCCUGCAAACCCAGUUUUAAAUUCUCGCUUCAUAGGGCCUCCUAUUAUGAGAUAUCAGUUGAUGAUGGUCCUUGGGAAAAACAGAAGAGUUCGGGGCUUAAUGUGUGUACUGGAACAGGAUCAAAAGCAUGGUCCUAUAAUAUUAACAAGUUAGCACAUCAAGCUGUUGAAGAGAUCCUUAACAUUGCUAAAAGGCAUGGAAGUUUGACUAUGCCAUUGAACACGGAGCUAGUACAAAAAGUAACGAAUGAUUACAAUGAGUCCCUGCUCUACAGUCCAGAAGAACCAAAGAUGUUUUUCAGUGUUCGAGAACCUAUUGUAAACAGAGUUUUCUCCAGUAGCCGGCAGCGUGGCUUCUCUUCAAAAGUCUGCGUCCGUUCCCGUUGUUGGGAUGCAUGUAUGGUUGUAGAUGGAGGAACAUCUUUUGAGUUCAAUGAUGGGGCGAUAGCUUCAAUAAUGAUCGAUACAGAGGAUGCACUGUGCACAGUUCUGCUGGAAGAUUGAAGGACCUGCUGAAAUGGCUCCUGCUGAAAGCAAUGCUGGAUCCAGAGACGGGACUCCUGGAGAUAGACAGCAAUCACAAUGCUGCAUUAUGUUGGAAGUUGGCCUUUUUGAUUGCAAGAGCGUUUGGAGGAAGCUUGAGAUGCUUUUCAUUCCUUUGGGUUGGGGAAACCUUAGCCUGAUGUUAAAGCUCUUUUUGUGUCUGCUGAAAAAGAAAUAGAUCUGAAGUCUCUUAGCUCUAACAUCAGUGGAAAUUGACAUUUUAACCUGCAAGGCAAACCUGAAAGAGCAUAUUUAUAAACACAGGUAGAUGGGUUCAAAUAUUAAGUCAGUAGUAUUAAAUAUUCAGAUGUACAGUUUUUUAAUAACAGUCUGGGACUGAUUAAACACCUUCAUACAUACACUUUUGUAGAAAAGCUGUCAAUCUAGCAACUUGAUGCAAGGAUAUAUAGAUUUUGGUAAAUCCUAAUGUUGAAAUAAUAGAAAUAUAAAUUUUUUUGUAUGCUUUUAAAGAAUUUUACAACUUUUUAGUUCCAUACAACUUGUGAAACUUGGUGGGGUUUUGUUGGGUUUUUUUUGCUCUUCCAGGAUUUUUUUCUACUUAGUAGAUUUACAUCCAAAGUAAAAGUCUGGUUUAAUCACAUCUUGGAUGAGGUAGUUCUUGCCUUUACUCUUUGGCUAGAGAGGGACUUGAAACCCCAGGGUUUUCUGGAGCCCUUUAGUAGGAAUAUAUAAACUAUAGGAAAUGUUGAAGUAAGAUAUACUCCUUCACUGAAUGAAUUAACGGGUUAGCAGGUGUUUAGUCACAGUAGUGUAUGUAGGUGACUAUCAUUAAGAAAGAUAUUUGGACUUAAGUUGAUUGGUUUGCAAUUUCAAGUUCUGAGAUUCUUUAUAAUUGAAGGAGAUGUGCUGAGUGGUAGUAGUUGGGAGCACAAGUUAAUACCUGUGUGUCUCCCAGUUUUCCAUAUGUGUGUUUAACUUCCCCAAAAGUUUAAAUUUCCAAUCCUAUGCUGAAUUUUACUGAUAUUUAUUUGGAAACAAAUGAGUUUUAUGUGCCUCUAAUAAUGUGUUAGGUAAGCAAGUUGAUAAUAGCAAAAAAAGCUCUGAUAAUAGAAAAGGAAGUGAAUUCUUGGCUUAUGUUUUAGAGAAACUGUGAACUAGGACUGCCUUUGAAAGUGUGUUAAUUGCAUAGAUCAGGGCAGAAUUUGACAAAAUGGAAGAUUCCUACAGCGGGAACACUUCUAUGUGACUUGAAACAAAUAUGUUUUGUCCUGUCUACUACAGAUCUAUUUCCAAAAGUGAGUUUUCUUUAAACCACUUUUGAAUGAAGAGACUUCUGCAACAGAUGUUCUCAGGUCUGAUGUAAAUGUUUUCCAGUGUGGCAAAUUGGUGUAUUUAUUGCCAAUCAGAAAAUGUAAACUUAUCUUUACAGGUGGAGGAAGGGGAUAAAGGAUUUUUUCCUUACACUACUUAAGUGCUUUGUAUUCACUAAACCAGCAUUUAGAGGAAAAUGAUCUGACCAGAGCAUUCAAUUUUAGUAAAAUGUGAUAUUGACAGAGCUUUUUGAGUAAGUUGCCACUGUUUGUGUACAUUUCACCUUUAAGUGUGCUGCAGAUAGUGUAAAUAACUCAAUCUACUUACCAGGAUUGCAGACCAGAUGGGGAUAAUCAAGUAACCAAAUACUCUUUCAAAACUUGGUAAGUUCAGGAAGUGUAAGAAUAAAGCUCUUAAUGUCUAAAUUAAUCUGUAAAACUGCUCUAAAGGUAAAGAUGCAAGACUAAUCUUUCUUUAGAAAGUUGGCUGCACAGACUAGGGUGUUUUAGUUAUUCCUAAUCCAUCUGUAACCAGUUAAGGAGGGUUAAUGUGCCUCUGUCUAGUACACUAGUCAAUAUGCUGUUAAGAUUUAAAAAAACAAAUCAACCCACCAGUGUCAUUAGCACACAUUGAUGACUUCAUAGAACUUUAUCACUGUGUUAGAUCUGAGGUCUAGAUAUUGCUAAUGUACUUGAAUACCUGCACAGAAAAAUUCACAGCAGAAACCCUUGUCCCAAACUUAAAAGACAUUUGUGUGCUGUAACCUUUUAAUGGAGACCGAUUAGUCUGAUCAGGGUACCUCUUAAAGAUGCCUGUCAUUCCUUAUUAUGAAUGCUGAGACUAAAAGGCAAUGUUUUCAGGCCCUGCAGAGACUAAGUAUGAUCUGGUUUAGCCCUCAGUAAGAGAUUUCACAAAUUCCUAACUUUGCAAAAUGGAAACCUGACCUACUCAUGAGUGGCCUCUACUGGUUUUGUCUAUAUUUAAUUGCACUUCUGUUAAAGCAUUUACUGGUGAAUGCUUUAUUUAAAUAACUAGGAUGAUUCAGAAAUUUGUAAUAAAUAAACAGGAAGCAGCUACCUUUUUAAUUAAAGAAUUGUAGAAUACAAUAAGCAUCCUUUAUUAUGAAGGAUCACAGUACAGGCAACUUACCUGGUAGACAGUAUUUUCUGACAGGACUGAGUGUUGGUUUAACACUGAUUUGAUCUGCCUGGACUGGCAGUGAACUCUGCACCUCUUCUAGCUGCUGAAUCAAAUCCAUGGUCUUUUCAUUUAGUGCCAGUCCACACUGUGUUCUGCUAAACUAGACCUGUCAUUCUUUGCUUUUUUUUUUUUUUUAAGAAAAGUGGUGUUUAUACAUUAUGUAAUAAAAAUUAAAAACUUGGUAGAUACAUGAA